UCACAUAUGAUGUGGUGGUUUUAAUCAUGGAUGUACUGUAUUUCCUCUUUGAUUGAGGUUGGACUUGUUUAAUCUCCGGAGAGCACUAGGGGGAGGGAUAUAAAAAGGCGUUUACGGGUACGAGUUGGCGAGGAUCUGGGUGAGAGAAUCAUCGAUAUAGAUCAAAUUCUAAACAGACUUCUCCCUUUCAUUUUGGUGCGUUUUGUAUUUUGUUGGACACUCGUCGAGCGUCUAAACGCGAAAACCUGACACGCAUGGAGCCGCACAGGAUGAUCCGGAGACUCUUUUAACAGAAUAAAGUUAACUGUUCUACAGACGCGCUGGCCAUUGUGAUGAAGGAUCGGCUGGUUGAGCUGACUGCUAGAAAAGCGUCGGCAGAGGAAGAUGUUGCAGUCCCAGUGGAGCGAGAUGGUUUCAUGGAGGGCUUCUUCAGGAGGGUGGAGGAGGUUCGAGGACUCAUUGAUAGGAUAUUCGACCAAGUGGAAGACGUGAAGAAGAUACACAGCAUGAUUCUGUCCGCACCCCACCCAGAUGACAAAACAAAGGAUCGUCUUAAUGCGCUGACCAAUGAUAUCAAAGGGAAUGCCAAUGUGGUGCGAACAAAACUAAAAUCCAUGGAGCAAAGCAUGCCUAAAGAUGACGCGACUAACAGAUCAUCUGUUGACUUCAGGAUCCAGAAAACACAGCACACGGUGCUGUCCAGGAAGUUUGUGGAGGUAAUGACCCAGUACAAUGAGACACAAGUUUCCUUUAGGGAGCGAAGCAAAGGACGGAUCCAAAGACAGUUGGAGAUAACUGGAAGAGUGACCACCAACGAAGAACUGGAAGACAUGCUAGAGAGUGGAAUUCCAUCCAUCUUCACAUCGGACAUCAUCUCGGACUCCAAGAUCACACGUCAGGCCUUGGAUGAAAUAGAAUCACGACAUCAGGACAUUAUACGACUGGAGUCCAGCAUAAGAGAGCUACAUGUGAUGUUCAUGGACAUGGCAAUGCUAGUUGAAACUCAGGGUGAAAUGGUCAAUAACAUUGAGAACAAUGUUUCCAAUGCAGCUGAAUACAUUUGUCGGGCUAAAGAAGAAACCAAAAAAGCAGUAAGAUACCAGAAAAAAUCCAGGCGGAAGCUGCUGUGCCUUGCUGUGUGUGGAGUUGCGGGUGUCCUCAUUUUACUCAUUGCACUAGUUGGUGCCUUCGGGUGAAGGAUUACACGGGUCACAGCCUCACAGUAAUCUCUUGUUCCUGUAGUGAUAGAGCUUACAACAGCGCCAUCUCAUUCACCACAUAACAGCAUUACAGGGAGAAACACAAUCAAGUAUGCUAAGUUGUCUUCUGUUCUUCUUUGCACCAGUGACAACAGACCUCGUGACGCACAAAACUGUACAUGGGGAAUGGGUCUUUAAAACACAUCACUGUCCACAACAUUAGGUACAACUGCACUAUCUAG